GACUGCUAGAUUUUGUUCUGAGAAUUGCUCUGACGUUGAGGCCGACGCAUCACCUAACAGUUUCCUUCUUCUGACGCGGAAGAUUAAUCAUUAUUUCGAGAUAGUGUUUUAUAACAUCUUUGCAAAGAACGUGACAGUUAAUCGUUGGGCGUUACCAAACAUUGCAACGUUUUCCUCGAAAAGAGUGACCCCAGUAGAAAGGAUUGUUCAGUUGGAUAACCUACUCAGGAUUAUUAUUUACUGAUAACUAACAAAGCCAGGAGAAACAAAAUGAGCUACGGAUAUCAGGGACCACCAGUGAUCCAGUUUCCAGGACGUGGACCACCACCAACAUCGUUUGGGGUUCCACCUGGUACACCUUCUGCCCCCGGUGCUCCACCAUAUUCGCAAACCACUAACACUGGCUUUUCAAACGCCGCUCCAGUUUCAUUUGGCAUGCCUCAACCAUAUUCUUCUUCAUACGCUUCUUAUCCAAUGCAACCAAAUCCUAAUUUGGCUCAUCCCACAAGUGCUACCAAUCUUCCUCAAUUUCCACAACAAAUGCCGUAUCCUCCUCAACCGCAAUCAAAUGUAUAUCCUCCUCCAUCGAUGCCUUAUCCUUCCUCAUAUCCAUCUUCUUGUAUGCCAGAAUCUUCUUUUUAUCCGCAACAACAACAAUCUGUUUAUCCUAAUAUUCCGCAAGAACAAAAUUCUGUUUACCCUAAUAUUCCGCAAGAACAAAAUGCACAUCGCUUUGGAGAUAGAAAUUCGUCUUCUUUUUCAAACCCUAAUAUGUCAUUGUCAUCUAAUUCAGCACCAUAUCCUGGUGGCAGCAAUCUCGGGGGGCAAGGGUUAAGAAAUUUGUACUCUCCUUAUGGUGCUAAUUUACCUUCGGCUUCUGGUCGCAGUGCCCCAGCCCCCCAGAGCUGCAAUGCGAAUAAGUUGUCACCCACAGUGGUACCGUACAAUGGCUUCGAUGCCAGAGCCGAUGCAGAAGUUAUAAGGAAAGCUAUGAAAGGAUUUGGUACAGAUGAAAAAGCUAUUAUCAAUGUUCUUGCCAAUCGGAGUAAUUUGCAGCGACAAGAAAUUGCUUCUCAAUUUAAGACCCUUUAUGGAAAAGAUAUGAUUAAGGAUUUAAAAUCCGAAUUGUCCGGGAAUUUUGAAAAACUAAUUCUUGCUAUGAUGAUGCCGCUACCACAGUUCUAUGCCAAAGAACUACACAAUGCCAUGGCUGGUAUUGGUACGGACGAAUGCGUACUUAUUGAAAUAUUAUGUACAAUGUCAAACCACGAAAUUCGUAUUAUUAAGGAAGCUUACGAAGCUAUGUAUGGUAGAAGUUUAGAGGAUGAUUUAAGAUCGGAUACAUCUGGGAAUUUCAAACGCCUAAUGGUUUCAUUGUGUUGUGCCAAUAGAGAUGAAUCAUUUGACGUAGAUCCAGCUAGUGCCUUAGAAGAUGCCAAAGUUCUCUUACAAGCUGGCGAGCUACGAUUUGGAACUGACGAAUCGAUGUUUAAUGCGAUCCUUGUUCAGAGAAAUGUACCUCAAUUGAAACAAAUUUUCCGAGAAUAUGAAGGCAUAACUGGACAUACCAUAGAAACUGCUAUAGAAAAUGAAUUUUCAGGGGACAUUAAAAAAGGUCUCCUUGCUAUUGUCAAAUGCGUGAACAACAGAGCUGCUUUCUUUGCCGAACAAUUAUACAAAAGCAUGAAAGGAUUGGGAACGGAUGAUAGCCGUCUAAUCAGGUUGGUCGUUACGCGUUGCGAAGUUGACAUGAGAGAAAUAAAAGAAGCAUUUAAGAAUGAGUAUGGUGAAUCGCUAGAGGAUUUUAUAUCUGGUGAUUGUUCCGGACAUUACAAGAAAUGUUUGUUAGCUCUUGUAUCUUAAAUCUCAAAUUGUACGAGAAUAAGUUUGUUCAACUUUUUCGCAUUUAUCAAAGAUUUGCAAGUAUAAUAUUUCGGGUUUUUCUUAAUAUUUAUAUAUCUGUACAGAAUUGAAAUUGAUAUGGAUAUGCACUUUUAAAUAACAAUGUUCCUAUGCUCAUUAGUAGCUACGAAAAAUGUUACAAAAUAUGCUGCAAAUCGUGCCAAUCUUCCUAAUGAAUCUUAGUAACAAAAGCAUUGCACGCUUGUUGAAUGGAAUCUCUAAUACCGGUUAUUGAUAUUGUAUUUUUAUAAAGCUAUUUGAACAAAAAAUUAUGUUACAAAGGUCUAUCGUUUUAUAUGCAUAUACAUGUAGUUGGACAUACAUAUAUAUACAUGUAUAUUAUAUUUACAUAAUACCUGCAGAUAUAUUAUCGUUUUAUAUAUUAUAUUUAAAUAAAUAUAUGUUUAUAAUGUGGAUGGAUUUUAAAGGAAAAUAUGUAUUACAAUGAAUAAAAAAUAUACGAUGGAAAUA